AUGUUUUUGCAGUUGCUCUGUAUAAUUGCUAUUAUUCUGGAACGAAAUCGCGAGUUGGUAUUCAGCGGCAAAUUGGAUCUAGACCAGCUCAUUUCGACGGCAUUUCGGCGUUACUGUUCGGAGCACGGCAUCAGUGAUAGGAAUGAUAUGACACCGUUUUAUGAGCUGGACGAUUCCGACUUGUCAACAAAUUCAACUGCCAAUUAUCUUGCCCGGACUGUGAUCGAUUUGCUGCUGAGUGGGACAUGCAUGUCUCGGCGUAAGCUGACAACCUUUAUGCCCAGUGAUGCACUUGCUCUCACACCAACUUCUUCCGAUCGACCUGAUGAGCAGAUUUACAGUUGCUCAAUAAGUUGA